CUUCACAGAGAUCCCAAAGCUCCUCUUGAUGUGAAAGGGGCAAGAUGCCAGGGUGAGUGCUAGGAUGAGCCAGCCUUGCACCCGUGGAGCCUAACUCUCCCUUCUGACGUUUUCUAGGGGCAAAUUCUAGGCACUGAGGGGUGCCUUGGGCUAAUGCCUUUAGGCAAAACUUUGCCAGGGAACCAGGCCCUCCCACCCCACUCCCAACCUCAGCAUGGUGACAUUGGCAUGCUAGGCUGAGGGGCAGAGUGAUUGAGGCAGGUAGGAGUAACCAAAUUCAAAUCUCAACUCCACUGCCUACUGCUGAACAAGUGACUUUAUCUCCCUGAGCCAGUUUCUUCCUCUGGACAAAAGACGAUUAAAUGUGACCACAUCACAAGACUGGAGUGACGAUUGAACAAGAGGAGCCUCUAAGGCACCAACAAGCGCACCCAGCAGCAGCUGGCAUGGUGGCAUUCACAAAUCUCCUUCCCCCCGAGGUCUGCAGUCUCCUGAACCCAGCAGCCAUCUAUGCCAACAACGAGAUCAGCCUGCAUGAUGUUGAGGUCUAUGGCUUUGACUACGACUACACGCUGGCCCAGUACGCAGACUCACUGCAUCCAGAGAUCUUCAGUGCUGCCCGUGACAUCCUGAUUGAGCACUACAAGUACCCAGAGGGUAUUCGGAAGUAUGACUACAACCCCAGCUUUGCCAUCCGUGGCCUCCACUACGACAUUCAGAAGAGCCUUCUGAUGAAGAUUGAUGCCUUCCAUUACGUGCAACUGGGGACGGCCUACAGGGGCCUGCAGCCUGUGCCAGAUGAGGAGGUGAUCGACCUAUAUGGGGGCACCCAGCACAUCCCACUGUACCAGAUGAGUGGCUUCUAUGGCAAGGGUCCCUCCAUCAAGCAGUUCAUGGACAUCUUCUCACUGCCAGAGAUGGCACUGCUCUCCUGUGUGGUGGAUCACUUCUUGGGCCAUGGCCUGGAGUUUGACCAAGAGCACCUCUAUAAGGAUGUGACGGAUGCCAUUCGAGACGUGCACGUGAAGGGCCUCAUGUACCAGUGGAUCGAGCGGGACAUGGAGAAGUACAUCCUGAGAGGGGAUGAGACGUUCGCUGUCCUGAGCCGCCUGGUGGACCAUGGGAAACAGCUGUUCCUCAUCACCAACAGUCCCUUCAGUUUUGUGGACAAGGGAAUGCGCCACAUGGUGGGUCCCGACUGGCGCCAGCUCUUCGACGUGGUCAUCGUCCAGGCGGACAAACCCAGCUUCUUCACUGACCCGCGCAAGCCUUUCAGAAAACUCGAUGAGAAGGGCUCGCUCCAGUGGGACCGCAUCACCCGCCUGGAAAAGGGCAAGAUCUAUCGGCAGGGAAACCUGUUUGACUUCCUGCGUCUGACAGAAUGGCGUGGCCCCCGUGUGCUGUACUUCGGAGACCACCUCUACAGUGACCUGGCGGACCUCAUGCUGCGGCAUGGCUGGCGCACAGGCGCCAUCAUCCCUGAGCUGGAACGCGAAAUCCACAUCAUCAACACGGAGCAGUACAUGCACUCACUGACAUGGCAGCAGGCGCUCACAGGGCUACUGGAGAGAAUGCAGACUUACCAGGAUGCAGAGUCACGACAGGUGCUGGCUGCCUGGAUGAAGGAGCGGCAGGAGCUAAGGUGCAUUACCAAGGCCCUGUUCAACGCUCAGUUUGGGAGCAUCUUCCGCACCUUCCACAACCCCACCUACUUCUCUCGGCGCCUUGUGCGCUUCUCCGACCUCUACAUGGCCUCCCUCAGUUGCCUGCUCAACUACCGCGUGGACUUCACCUUCUACCCGCGCCGCACACCCCUGCAGCACGAGGCACCGCUGUGGAUGGACCAGCUCUGCACCGGCUGCAUGAAGACACCCUUCCUCAGCGACAUGGCCCACAUCCGCUGAAGGCAACUUUAUUUUCCUGCCCCACCCACUCUGGGCAUUGUCCACACAGGCAAUAAAGUGGUGGCCUUCUG